CCGUCUGUCAACCGCUGUUCCUCGAAUGGAAAAGUGCGAAGUGAAAACAACCAGAUUUUAGCAGUGGAAGAAAGCUGCGGAAAAUUUGCAAGUAAAAUCGUGUUUAUAGGUUCCUAGUGUGGCUUUUAAUUGUCCCCCGCAACUGCAUCAUCGGCUAAUGAUAGUGUGCAUUCGUGCUGCUGCUGGCUGUUCCUCUUGGCACCCACCUGCCCGGCUACAUUAGAAACCAAUUUUUUUCCAGCGCUCAAGAUAUGCGUUGCAGCCAGUUUGAUGUACUCCUCGAUAAGUGACAUAUUCCAGCGAAAAGACAAACACGCACGAGUCCCACUCUGCACCCGCAAGGCAAUGGACUUGUAUGCCUGUGCAGGAGAUUUAAUACGCCACAAUGCCACAGUCUAAGAGCCACCUGGCCACGCUAAUCAAAGGCCGGGGUAACAACGGUUUUAGCGAGUACGAGGUGCUGAAAAUAUUUUGUGAUGUCUGCGAAUCCCUGGCGCCGCUGCACUGCAGCCAAGCGCCAAUCAUCUACCGCGACAUCAAAGUGGAGAAUGUGGUCCAAAACGAUAUGGGCCGAUUCAUGCUGGUGGAAUCGGGAACGGCCACGUCUCGUUUGCUAAAUCCCUUGGCUCAUGGGAAAAAACUGGUGGAAGAGGAAGUCCAGAAGAACACAACCAUGCCGUAUCGUGCCCCGGAGAUGGUAGAUCUGAACUCCGGUCAUAGCAUCACAACUAAAGUCGAUAUUUGGGCACUGGGUUGUCUACUGUACAAACUUUGCUUCGGGACAAUGCCUUUCGGGGAAAGUUCCAAGGCGAUUCUUCACUGUCAGUUUAAUAUUCCGGAGAAGAACAAAUUUUCCCCCGAGUUGUGUCAAUUGAUCCGUAUCCUAUUGGAACCGGAUCCCGAGAAACGUCCAAGCAUUUACCAAGUGUGCGAACAUUCGUUUAAAGUUGCUGGUAAGGAUAAUCCACUGCGUAUAGCUUUGGAACGACAGAAAUCUCAACCGAACGUACAUGCGGUAGCUCCGGUUGUGACAAACAUUAGUGAUCAACAGGAACGGAAGGUUCAACAUCCAACUAUAAGCGGAACUAGCGUAGCUCCACGAUCCCGACCGAAGGUGCACAGUCAACCUACGAAUACCGGCGGAAGUUCGUCCAAUUCCUUCAACCUGGGACCACCACCUUUAAACCCUUCGCCGAAAAACGUUAUCUCGCCCAUCCCUGCUACUGCAAUUACGGGAAACGAUCAUCACAAUGAGAGUCGCUGCACGUUCGUCGCACAUUUUGGAGAAAAAUUUUCUACAUCCGGUGAGACCAAGAGCGGUACGUUAGCGAAGAGUCCGGCUACCGGAUUAACUCAAUCCAGAGGGUCGAUCGAUGGCAGUUUUAGAUUUUACGCUGGUGAUGGGAAUAAACUAUUGGUGCCACCGCCCGAUUUACCAUUGUCCAAAGACAAAUCGAUGGCAGCGUCACCAUCGUCCCUGCUAUCUCCCUUCGAAACGGAACCACCCACAACGAUAAGUUCGUCGACCCGAGCGCGUCCCACAUCCCUGCUGCCUUCGCUUUCCUCUAAGAAGACUACAUCCUCAACAUCGCAACCGCGUCCACAACAUCACCAUUACCAACCACCAACUACCACCACUUUGAGCAAUUCCAACAGCGAGAAAUCGUUGGUUUCGCCCACGGUAUCCACCACAAGCUCAACGUGGAACCCUUUCGGGGAUGCGUCGCCCUUCAGCUCGAAUUCAACCCUUAUCGAGGAUCAGUUGUUUGGGGCCGAGUUUGACAAAUUGCGACUAGAAGAUGGCAGUCAAACUUCGAUUUUAACAUCCCCGGAAGAAAUACGCUCGGAGCGAGCCUCUUUGACAAGCGCCGGUAGAAUGCCUCCAGCCGAGUGGUUCCAGCAGUCACACAACCAGCGUCACUCGUUACCAACAUCACUGACGGGAGCAGCUUCAACCGGUGCCUUGGUCACCGCCGGGUUGAGCCAUCCAGAUAUGAUACCAGAAGAGGACCCGUUCGGUUCAGCUCCUUUUACGUUGCCAAAGAGGCUUAAAGAUAAGGCGGGUCGUUCGUCGAAACUAACUUCGAAGUUGAGUGAGGUCAUAUCGAAUGCUACAGCUGGUGGAAACUUAUGGCGGAAUUCUUCCGGUACCGGAGGGAAGGAAAGUUUGAUAGUGACGACUCCUGGAGGGCCACCUUCUGGAGAUAAUGGAACGAUUGGGAAUGGAGAUAUGUUGGGGAUUAAGCUGGACGAUCUGAUCAGUGCGGGUGAGAAGGGUUCCCCGAAUUUCAUCAAACUACCACUAGAUGACAGAAACAAGUAUGAAAAGUUGAAUUCGAACGACGUAACGUCAGACGAUAGUGAUGCAGAAUUUUACACGGAUUCGGUAGGAGGAGUCAAGAAGCAAAGCUUCAAACAGUUUGUAGAAAAUAAUAUUCCGGAAAAGUUGCAGGCCGUAUACCAUAAGGUUGAUAAAAGUCAGAUAAAAAAUGUACAGAUUGUUAGGAAAUUAAGAGGAAAGGUUGUGCAUAAAGAUGAUGUUAAAAAGAGGCAUCAGAAGGGUGCCAGUGGGGCGAAAGAAAAUCGGGUGCGAGAAACGGUGGCAGACCAAGCACGAAAAGGCAAUGAUGAUUCGGACGAUUCGAUUGGAUCGGCAAGUGAUUUGAGGGCCAAUGAAGAUUUUAUAGACGGGGAAGAGGUGGACAAUGGCAAAGCUGUUGUAGGUCGUAUACCGAAGAAAUUCAAUAGAGGGGCUUUCGGCGAAGGAAGUGUGGAUGAUUGUAUUAGUGAAAGUAUUAAAACGUGCGGAUCAAGUGCCUACCAUGCCGAAUGCGAAAGUGUUACAACCAAUGAAGAUAAUAGCAGCCGCAUCGUAACACGUGUGCGGAUCAAAAAGCGUGAACACGAUUCGAAGCACAGUGUUAUCGAUGAAGAUGAUUCAGGCGAAGAGGAUAUGAUCCAAGGUGAUAAACCGCUACUAUUGGAUGACGAGUUAGAUUAUGAGUCGGCUCCAGAAAAUAACAUCAGUAGUGAGGAAGCUUUGAUGGAUCCUUUCACACCAGAAUCUCUACCAGAUGAAUCGGAACAGCAACCAGAAGAGGAUGAAGUUGUGCUAGAUCCUUUUGCAAUGGCACCUUUUCGAAAGCCGAUAGUUCCUAGGCGUAACAGUAUUAAAUAUACUCCCAACAUUCACCCGAUCCCAGAGAAUUGUCCGACCAUUCCUGCUCCUCCUCUACCGCCUCAGGUAGACGAUUUCAGCACAUCUACUCCCAUCAAACCGAAACAUAAUAGAUCUCAAACCGAAUUGUUCCAUUUAUCGCCAACCACUGCCGCACCUCCCGCUAAUCCUGCACCGAUAGCUGAAGUUGCUCCCAUGCGCAUUGAAGCACCACAAACGUCAUCAUCAACACAGCCAACAGCACGAACUGAUCUUUUCGGUUCUGAACCGUUCCCAGCGCUCAUUUUGUCUCCACCAAUCGCAACGGUUUCUAAAUUUUCCUCUGAAAUUCCCACGGUUUCCGUUGAGCCUGGUUCUGUCGCGUUGACUCAAAUUAUUCCUGCAACCAACGUACCUCCGGAGCCGCAGUUACCCAAUACCAAUUCAGCUAACGUUCCUCUUCAUCAACCACCGGCCUCGAUGACCGCUCGUCUGAACUACAUUAACUUCAGUCAAGUGAACGCCACACAGCAAAGCAUUACGCCGGACAACAACUACGUGAAUUUCCACGAAGAUUACGAUCACGACGAUGAUGACGCUCGGAAGCUUAAAUCCGACGAGUAUGACGAUAGUAGUGAUACCGUUGUCGUGAAAACACCUUCCAAGGGAGGAUUCUUGAGCAAAAAGGAAAAGGUUAAAUACAAUUCUUUGAAGGGUAAAUCUUCUGCUAAUGAUGGCACUAUGGUAUCCGUGGGAGGAGCAACUUCAAGUGGUAAUCACGUGCUGGUGAUCCCAGCAAAGCUUAGUCAGAAAGUGAAGGUCAACGUCCCCGGCUACCGGAAGGUAUCUGGCAAAACCACCAAAAAAGAUAAAUCGAACGGUGGUACCAGCUCAGCGAUCGAUCGGUACCAAGACAUCAGUCGUCAGCAAAACCUCCCACCAGGUUCAGCAAAGUCCAAAUCCGGCAAUAAAGUGGGCCUUUGUAAUAUGAGCUUCGAAGAUUUCCCCUCGGACGAAGCAUUGGAGGAACCGAUACCGUCCACCGUCCGAGGUUCGGGCUCGAAAGGAACGAGUGGCGGCAGCAGCGGCGUAGGUCGGUUGAUGAAGAUUGCUCCCUUCGAGGUGAUUCGGAACGAUAAAAUGUUGCUGGAGGCUGAGAAAAAAUUCGGCUCGCUGAAACGGAGAAGCAAUCCGUUUUCAUGAUUGUGGUACGCUGAAUCUCACAACCGUAAGUAGUAAAGUGUUGAUGAAUGAAGUAGAUAGAUGUGUUUUGGUGUAUACGUUCGUUGUAGUACGAUAAAGUAAUAAUUUAAAUCUUUUUUGUAAAGUGGUCCAAUUAAUUAAUUCAAUUGUUUUUUGAAAACUGGUUAAAAUUUUUCAUCUAUCUUGGCUAUUAUUUUUUCAUAAAAUAUUCAAUAAUUGUUUUAGUCUGGUUUCAGCAUUUAAGAUCGUAACUAACUAUGUAUAUAUAAUGAAAUGUUGCAUUCAACAAAUAAAACGUGAUAAUAGAAGCUUUUUAUGAAAUUCUUCAAACGAAGAAGUUUUUCUUUGAUUUCUACUUAUGAAUGUCUCAAGCACAGACAUCGAAUUCUUCAACGUUUUCAUUUUUCUCAUUAAUGUUUCUUUUCUUUUUUUU